AUGCUUCUAGCAUCGUGGUUCUGUGGAGGAACAAACGGUACAGCCGAAAGUGACGCAAGGGAAUUUGCCUGGGACCAUGAAAGCACCAUUCACAGUGCAUGUUUUGUUGACCUCGUCAAUGCGGCGAUUAAUCUGUUCUACCUGGUGGCGGCGUCUAUUGUCCUCAUAGUAUUGUCUUGUUUCACAAACUUACGUCACUACUUCUCAAAUAUAUUGUUACAGUUUCCUGGACACGACGUACGAUGGACUCUGUCGAUUGUUCUUUGGUUUGUUCUGUUGUGUGCACUAGGAGAGGGAAUUCUAACAGAUUUAUCGAGAGAUGGACCGACACAGCCUCACCUGUAUAUACCACAAGCUUUGGCAUUUCUUAACGGGUUUAUAUUCCUAGUUUAUUACCAUCACAUGGAAUAUUGGAAUCGACCACAUCUAGUCUGGUUAUUACUGCUAUAUUGGAUUCUGUUAAUUGGUGGCCAGGUUAUCACUCUAAUCAACUUGGAUUACCAAGGAGCAACUGGUUUAGAAGUUCUACGUUUUGAUAUAGCUAUCGUGUUACUGGCAUUGUACUUUACUUACAUAUUCAGAUGGUGUUACAUUGAAGAAUAUUUACCACGGGACACCAAGAAAAAGAAUCUCCUUUUCAUUCACGAGUAUACAAGUUUACUUUCACGUGCGUCUUUCCAGUGGCUUGGUUGGUUAUUGAAAGUUGGAUAUAAACAACCACUGGAAAUUGACGAUCUCGGCGUUCUUCCGGAAAGUCACGGUGACAAACAUCAGUACCAAUGUUUCUUGAAAGCUUAUGAGAAAGAGAAGUUAAUAAUUAUCCUAGUUCUUCUAUACAUUGAACUUGGCUAUGCCGCGUUGAUUGGUGCCUCUGUGUUCCUGAUCACAACACCCAUACAAUUCAAGCUAGGCGGAUCUAUGUCAACAAUACAGAAGCACGUCUUGAAAUUUUCGGAUAAUCGUUUGAAAAAAUCUAACGAAUUAUUGCAAGGGAUGAAGUUGUUGAAGUUAUAUGGAUGGGAAGAAAUCUUUUGUUCAGCUAUUGAACAAGUGCGUAAAAGAGAAGUGAAGAAGAUGCUAAAGCUGGGUGGAUUCUUGAUUGCUACAAACUUUAUCACCCAAGCCACGCCCGUGACUGUUACUCUUAUAUCUUUCGCAGUUUACUCGCUUGUGAGCCCUUUGCCAUUGACACCCGAACUAGCAUUCUCGUCACUGGCAUUGUUCCAACAACUCAUAAUACCAUUGUAUCUGCUCCCGAUGACAAUAGCUUUCACGGUCAAUGCUAUUGUCAGUGUUGGACGAUUACAAAAGUUUUUCGUGGCUCCAGAGAUCGAAGAAAACCACGAUGGUCGUGAUGUGUUAUGUUCAGCAGAGCAACAAUUCCGAGAUGAAUAUGACGACGACGAGGAUGACGAUUUUGUGGACAGUAAAGAGGACGCCAAGGUACAAAAGAAACCUUUCAAAUAUGAAAAAGUUACCCUCGUACCUGCCGAUGACGAGGACGAUGACAAACUACUGACUGGUGGACGUACUAGCAAAGAAGCUUAUGGUACGUUCGAUCAAGAAACAUCAUUAGGGGACUUUGAACGUGCAAACACACUUUCUGACAACGUAGCUCUUAUGAUAAAGAAUGGUUCAUAUUCAUGGGAUGUUGAUAAUCCAGUGGCAGCUAUCAGUGAUAUCAACCUCACAAUCCCAGCAGAGAAACUGACGCUAAUAGUUGGUUUGGUGGGUAGCGGGAAAUCUUCUGUAUUGUCAGCAAUGUUAGGCGAGAUGACGACACUAUCAGGCAGCAUUCUGUUUAAUAAGAAAAAGAACAAAGUCGCAUAUGCCUCACAGAAAGCUUGGUUGCAGAAUGCUACCCUAAAAGAUAAUAUUUUAUUUGGCGAACCAUUUAACAAAAAAAGAUAUAACAAGGUUAUUGAGGCUUGUGCCCUACAACCUGACAUAGAUAUAUUACCCGGGGGUGACAAGACAGAGAUUGGCGAGAAAGGCAUCAACUUAAGCGGAGGACAGAAGCAGCGUGUUAGCUUGGCGAGAUGUAUGUAUGGACAAACAGACAUCGUGAUACUGGACGAUCCAUUAGCAGCUCUAGAUGUACACGUCGGGCGUCAUGUGAUACACGAAGGAAUUCUGGGAUUUGUGAUGAAGGAGAACAGGACAGUCAUUUUAGUAUCACACCAGCUGCAGUAUUUGCAAUAUGCUAAUCAGAUCAUUGUCAUGGAUGGCGGCAAAAUUUACCGACAGGGAAGUCUUGACGAGAUUGCCAACCAUGACCCAGAGUUGUAUGGAAAUUGGAAGGAAACGAUUGUACUGCAGACCGAAUCUGAAAAAGAGAGUGAAACUGAAGAAGAAUUAACUAUUAUAGAGCGAAAAGAACUUAUUAAACAAGUGUCAAUGAUUUCUGAAGAAGGAAAAAAGCAGGAAAAAGUUGGGACGACUCUUAUAGAAGAAGAGGAGAGAGAACGAGGGUCUGUGUCGUGGAAGAUUUAUCUAGCCUAUGCCAAGGCCAUCAAGCUACCGAUAGUAUUUACUAUAAUUACAUUAUGGGCGAGUCAGACGACUGCUUUGACAUUGACUAAUUUCUGGUUAUCUGCAUGGUCUGAAAGUGGAGCCAAUGUGACAAUCAAUGGAACAGUGCAGAAUGACAGCGAUGAUCUUGGUUAUUGGAUCGGAGGAUAUACAGGUCUGACCAUCGCAUACAUUAUAUUAGGAGUGCUUGGGAACUCGUCUCAGAUCAUAUCAGCACUGCUCGCUGCCAAACGAAUUCAUAUUUCCUUGCUCCGUAGCAUUAUCGAUGCGCCAAUGAGGUUCUUUGAUACAACACCCGUAGGUCGCAUACUCAACAGAUUCUCCAAUGACACUAUGAUCAUUGAUCAAAAAAUAUGGCAAACAGUAAAUGGUCUUCUGAUUACCAUAUUUCAAAUAGCUGCUGCUGUGAUAGUGAACAGUCUAGUGAUACCCAUAUUUAUUGCCUUCGUUGUACCUGUUUUGGUUAUUUACUACUUCAUCCAGAGUUACUUCAUAACCACCUCCAGGGAACUUCAGCGUCUGGACAGCAUAACCAAAUCACCAGUAUUCGCCCACUUCUCUGAAACGUUGGGAGGAUUGUCCACAAUCAGAGCAUACAGAGAUGAGAGAAGAUUUCGUCGUGUUCUAAUUGAAAGAAUCGACACAAAUAAUAUCGUAUUUCUAUUUUUACUGAGUGUUAACAGAUGGUUAGCCGUAAGACUAGAUCUUGUCGGUGCUUUUAUUGUUCUUGUGUCCGGGCUUGGUACCUUGAUAGCGUCUAUUCUUGGUGGCCUUCAACCAAGUUUGGUGGGUUUAGCACUCUCAUAUUCAUUACAGAUAGCUGGUUAUCUUAAUUGGUUGAUUCGUCAAGUUGCUGAUUGUGAAAUGCAAAUGAACGCCGUGGAACGUGUUAAGCACUAUACGCACACACCGAGUGAACCAUACAGAGGGAAUCAAAAACCUCCGCUAGCGUGGCCUGAUAGCGGCGAUGUUCGCUUCAAUGACGUAUCCGUCCGAUAUGCUGCAGAGUUGGAACCUGUCUUACGCGAUAUUACAGUGCAUUUCAAAGCUGGAGAAAAGAUUGGAAUUUGUGGACGGACUGGGAGCGGGAAAUCUUCACUUACACUUGCCUUGUUCAGACUCAUAGAUACUUAUAAAGGUAGUAUUGUUAUCGAUGGUAUUGACAUAUCCCAAGUUCCGUUAUUGACUCUUCGUAACAGAAUUGCUAUUAUACCACAGGAUCCUGUGUUGUUUUCUGGCACUAUCAGGUUCAAUCUUGAUCCACUCGAGGAGAAGUUGGAUUCACAAUUGUGGGAAGCACUUGAAAUUGCCCAGUUAAAACCAACGGUGUCCGAACUUGAUAACCAACUCGACGCCGAAGUCGCCGAAAAUGGAGAAAAUUUCAGCGUUGGUCAGCGGCAGUUAUUUUGUUUAGCUAGAGCUUUCCUGAGAAAUGCUCGCAUUUUAAUUAUGGACGAAGCCACUGCCUCGAUUGAUAUGCAGACAGAUGCCAUUCUUCAGACCGUUGUUGCCACUUCUUUCAACAGUGUAACAGUCAUAACAGUAGCGCAUCGCGUUGCCACGAUCAUGGAUUCCGACACUAUACUCGUGUUGAGUGAUGGCAAAAUAGUGGAAUACGACACGCCUGCGAAUCUAUUACAAGAUGAAGACAGUAUAUUUUCGUCUUUAGUGAAAGGGAUGAAAUAA